AUGAUGAAUUCACUGGAGGUCUGGUCAGAUCCUACGCAGCCGUUUCUGACGAGAGGCAGCUCCAACGAUGGCAACGCAAACGGCCUGGAAACCAUUUUCAUCACCCGCCUCACCACGCACGUCGAUGUGCCGUGUCUGGUCACGGUGCCGGAUCUGAACGUCACCCUCGUCUCACAUUCAGCACCUCUGGAGAUGAGCGAGAUGACGUGGAGCAACAAGCGAGGCUGGACCAUUCCCAGACGGGUCAUUGACAGCGUGCCCAUGGUCAUUGUUGGAUGUGUGGCCUCACUGGGAGGCAACGAGUAUCACUCUGCCAGCUACCUGGUCCACUCUACAGGAAGUCAGAUUUACGAUGUCAAGCUGUUUCCUGAGGAGCCAGUGGAGCUUCUGGUGGGGGAGGCCCUCACUCUGAACUGCACAGCCAUGGUGGAGUUCAACGCUGGGGUGGACAUUCAGUGGUCCUAUCCUGGUAAACAGACAAACAGCUGCGUAGAGAAACCCCAUCGAGAAGCUCUGUCCCACGCCACAGAGGCUGUUCGGGUCCUGACCAUCUACAACGUCAACAUCACAGAUACGGGACCGUACAUAUGCAACGUCACCAGCAUGGACACAACAGAGACCCUACAGAUUCAAGUCACAGUUUAUGAAAGGCCGUUUAUCAACCUUGACUACAGAGAUGGACCUGUGGUAGAGGUGACUGCCGGCCAGAAGUCGUUCAAGUUGCAGCUUAACGUCUCUGCCUUCCCCACACCGGAAACUCAAUGGUAUAAAAAUGGGGAGCUGAUAAACAACCGACCAGAGUUCAAAAUGAAAAGGAUAAGGAUGCACUCUAACCAUGCUUUGGAGAUUAAGGAGGUUUGUCAGGAGGAUUUGGGAUUGUACACGGUGGUUCUGAGAAACAGAGCGGCUUCGCUGGAGAAGAGGCUUAACAUCACGCUUGUUGUCAACGUUCCCCCACAGAUUCAUGAGAAAGAAGUGGCUGAUCCCUCCAGUCCGUACCCCAGUGGCAGCAGUCAGACGCUAACAUGUACUGCCUACGGUCUCCCUGCUCCAAACAUCAGCUGGCAGUGGAGGCCCUGGGGCCCCUGUGUCCUCAACCGGACUCAAAACCGACUGGUCCGACAAGACAGGAAAGGUCAGAGCGAGAGGAUCGCAGACUGUCAGAACUGGCGGGAGAUUAACUCAGAAAACGCCUUGAAUGAAAUUGAAUCGAUCGAAACGUCCGUUGAAGUGGUGGAUAAUCGGGAAAAGAUAGUGAGCAGGCUUCAGAUACGCAACGCCAGCAUUUCUGUCAUGUACACGUGCUCUGCUGAAAACAAAGUGGGCAAAGAUGAGCGGCUGAUCUAUUUCUAUGUAACUACCAUCCCUGAGGGCUUCAGUGUGGACGUUCGGCCCUCGGAGUCUCCUCUGGAGCAGGAGAAAGUGUCCCUGCGCUGCAGUGCUGACAACUACACCUACGAUCAGCUGCAGUGGUACCGUCUCAACCCCCAGGCCCUGCAGGACCAGCGCGCUAAGCCUCAGGAGCUGGACUGUAGCAGCAUGCACCUCUACGCCAAACUCCUUCAGGGCCAGCUCUUUUUCCAGAGACCCUCCAACAGCUGGGUCUCGGACUUCACCGCAGAGUCCAUACGGCUGCAGGACGAGGGACAUUAUGUGUGCACGGCUCAGAGCAGGCGCACCGGGGAGAAGCAGUGUCUGUCCAGAUACAUCUCUGUCAAAGCCCUGGAGGCGCCUCGGUACAAGCGCAGCCUCACCAACCAGACGGUGAACGUAACGCAGUCUCUGCAGAUGGAGUGCGACGUGGAGGGCAGACCUCUGCCCCGGCUCUCCUGGUUUAAGGACCACCAGCCUCUCCACCAAACGUCAGGGGUCCAGCUGCAGGACUCAAACCGCACACUGAGUAUCCAGCGGGUCAGAGAGGAGGACGCUGGCCUUUACACCUGCACCGCCUGCAACCAGCGAGGCUGCGUCCACUCCUCAGCGGCUGUCAGGGUCAUCGGUUCGAGUGACAAGGCCAACGUGGAGAUAGUGAUUCUGAUCGGGACCGCAGUCAUCGCCGUUUUCUUCUGGGUCUUGCUCAUCCUCAUCUUCUGCAACGUGAAACGGGUUAACCCAGCAGACAUAAAGACGGGCUACCUGUCAAUCAUAAUGGACCCGGGGGAGGUGCCGCUGGACGAGCAGUGUGAAUACCUCCCCUACGACUCGUCACAGUGGGAGAUCUCCAGAGACAGACUGAGACUGGGAAAGGUUUUGGGUCACGGUGCUUUUGGAAAAGUAAUUGAAGCGUCGAUGCACGGCACCUGCAGGAGCAGCAGUUUGGACACGGUGGCCGUCAAAAUGCUGAAAGAUGGAGCCACAGCCAGCGAGCACAAAGCUCUGAUGUCAGAGUUAAAGAUCCUGAUCCACAUCGGGAACCAUCUGAACGUGGUCAACCUGUUAGGAGCCUGCACCAAACCAAACGGUCCACUGAUGGUGAUCGUGGAAUACUGUAAGUAUGGAAAUCUGUCCAACUUCCUGCGAGGCAAGAGGGAGUUCUUCCUGCCCUACCGGGACCGCUCUCCAAAAACCCAGAGCCAGGUGAGGCGGAUGAUUGAAGCCGGUCAGGUGGAGCAGAGAGGGCGUCCGCCUCCUCCUGCAGCCUCCACACCUCACGUGACAUCAUCCAGGGCGUCCAAUCAGAGUCCGGCGGUGGAGAAAAGGGAGGACCUGUGGAAAACCCCCCUGACCAUCGAGGAUUUGAUCUGCUACAGUUUCCAGGUGGCUCGGGGGAUGGAGUUCCUGGCCUCCAGAAAGUGUAUUCACAGAGAUCUGGCAGCUCGAAACAUCCUCCUGUCAGAGAACAACAUUGUGAAGAUCUGUGACUUCGGUUUGGCCCGAGACAUUUACAAAGACCCCGACUACGUCAGGAAAGGAAACGCUCGUCUGCCUUUAAAGUGGAUGGCUCCGGAGAGCAUCUUUGACAAAGUCUACACCAGCCAGAGUGAUGUGUGGUCCUUCGGAGUCCUCCUCUGGGAAAUCUUUUCGCUUGGUGCAUCUCCGUACCCAGGAGUGCAGAUUGAUGAAGACUUUUGCAAACGGCUGAAGGAUGGCUUCAGGAUGAGAGCACCAGAGACCGCGUCGCCUGAAAUAUACGGCAUCAUGCUGGCCUGCUGGCAGGGAGAGCCUAAAGAGAGGCCCACGUUUCCUGCGCUGGUUCAGAUUCUGGCAGACCUGCUGCAGGACAACAGCCUGCCCGAUGGGAAAGGUUACACCCCCCUGAACCACUCGCAGAACUCAGAGGAUGAUGGUUUCUCGCAGUUUUCAUCCCGCCCCCCAUCUGAAGAAGAACUGAGACUGGCUUGCAACACUCUGUCCACAAGGUAUUAUAACUGCGUGCCCUCUGCCGGCUGUGUGUUCACGGGACCCUUCAAAACAUCCCAGCCCAGAGUGAAGACGUUUGACGAGUUACCACUAGAGAUCCAUUCACAAAAACCUCCUCAGGACAACCAGACGGACAGCGGGAUGGUUCUGGCCUCCGAGGAAUUCGAGAGAAUCGAGCACAACCACCGAGGCGCCGCCGUCCUAAAAAGUCGUAUGAGCAGCACCAGCAGCACGGAGCCCCUCACGGCCCCCGCCUGCUCUCUGGGUCAGAACACCAGAACCAGCAGCUCCGGACGCCGACCCAACUUCUUCAGCCAGCUGUCGGGACAGACCUUCUACAACAACGAGUACGGACACCUGUCUGAGGAGGGCUUCUGUGACUUCUACUCCCCACCCACCACCUCCUGCGUGGCCUCCUCCAACCUGUAG